AUGCCAAAUACAACGUUGCAAUCGAAGUCAUCGACAGAGACGCCACAACCAGCAGCGAUGAACAGGAAUAACCCAGCAUUCCUUAACAAGUUGCGCAGCAUGGUCGAUGAUCCUAAUACUGAUGAGCUCAUCAGAUGGUCCCCUGCUGGUGAUACGUUCCUCGUUCCAAACCAUGUGCGGUUUGGUGAAGAAGUGUUGCCUCGAUUUUUCAAGCACAAUAACUUCUCGUCAUUCGUUCGACAAUUGAACAUGUAUGGCUUUCAUAAAGUACCUCAUUUGCAGCAAGGUGCUUUGAAAUCGGAUCAACCAUCUCAAAAUGAACUUUGGGAGUUUUCAAAUCAAUGUUUCCAUCGCGAUCACCCUGACUUAUUAUCUAAGGUACAGCGGAAGCGGAGUGGGAAAGAGCGGGAUCAUCAUCAUUCCAACUCUAUCGAUGAAACGAACCGUGUUUUAAAUUCUAUGAGUGGUGCGUUAACGAGAGGUGAUUAUGACAUGCGGGGGGACUCUCAUGAAGUAUCCAAUUUCGUUGGCUCCGUUCAAAUGUCGAAUUUGCUCGGCGCUAUUCAGGGCUUGAAAAACAAUCAGCGAACGCUCAUUGAAGAAUUAUCUAAACUACAGCAUUCAAGUCAGGCCUUAUGGCAACAGAGUCUUGAAAACCGACAACAAGUUCGACGGCAACAAGAUACAAUCAAUCGAAUUUUGCGUUUCUUAGCCAGUGUAUUCGGUUCAUCAAACGUGGGCGAUAUUCUUUCAAACCCCUCUAGUGCCGACUAUCAUAACUUUGGCAUGCCUUCGGAUGGAAGUGCGACAUCCCAUGAUUUUUCAGCGCAGGGCGAUGCAUUCUCCCAGAAUGCGCCUCGAGGACCGGUGCGCCCACAGAAGCGGGCACGACUACUUAUCAGUGACACUCCUUAUGCUGACCCCAUGGCCGAAGACAAAGACGCCUCCAACUUAGAUACCGAAGAGCUUACGCCCGUAAGCGCAGAGCAACGAUUCACAGAAGCUGCAAGCGACACAGAUGGUGGAUCCCCUAAACUGGGCAUGACGCCUACGUCCCCCUCCUCUUAUACACCUGAUAUGAUACUAAAUGGCAAUUCCACUGACUCGGACGCUUGGCAAUCAGACCAGACAUUGCGUAACUUCCUACCAGAGUCCAACGAUAGCUCAGCCUGGUUGGCUAACAUAUUAGCUAGCCAAGGACAGGGCUCUAAUGCUUCGAAUUUGGAUGUGUCCCGCUUGGAUCCGCAGCUUCUAAGGUCUUUACAGCAUACUAUCAACCAGCAGUCAACACCCAAAAUGCCUUCUUCCUCAAAAACUAAUGCACCCGGAUUGGUUAGCAGCAAUACGAGAAGUGGCAUGUCGACCUCUAUAACACCUUAUGGCUCCUUGAUGGCCAACAUGCCUCCAGCCUGGCGGCAACCUAUACCUCAAAUGAAUGAAAAAGAUAAUUUGGUUCCUGAAGAGCAACUCUUUCAUAAUGUAGAGCGUUUAAAUCAAGAGGCGAAAAACAAUAUGGAUCAAACAAACCAACUUCAAAACCAGAUCCAAACAUUAGUGAAGAAUCUUCGCCUGGAACCCAAUCAAGCGCGUAACAUGAUCGAAAAUGAAUCUUUCGAUUCCAAGAAUAACACGCUUUCAGAUUCGCGAAACCCUGGAUGGGUGGUACCUUCAUCUAUCCUUGGUGCGACAUAUCCAUCCUCACCGGCAAACUUGGUGAAUGGUGUAUCAGCAAGCGCCCAAAAUGAUUUUGAUCUUGAUUCUUUCUUGAAUCAGUUUGUGGAUCCUGUGAACCAACAAAGUCCCUCUUUUGAUCAAGCAAACUCGCUCAUGACCGAAGAAUCGCCUGACGCACCUGGCUCUAAGAAUAAUUAA